GCUUAGGGUCUAAUUUUUGGCGAAGUCUGUUUUAUCUGGCAACACUGCUUUUUAUCCAUUUAAGUAUUCAUUAAUACGACUGAAUUUAGUGUCUUUUAUUUCACCGGUUUAAAUUAUAUUCUUUGCACUUCUAAUUUGUUAAAGUGGAAAAUGGUUUCCCUAAACCCUAUCAGAAUUUUGAAAAAUGAAGCUGAAGAAGAAAAAGCUGAAGUGGCUCGAAUGUCGAGUUUCAUUGGUGCCAUUGCAAUUGGUGACUUGGUGAAAAGUACUCUGGGUCCUAAAGGAAUGGACAAAAUUUUGGUUUCUUGUGGAAGAAAUGCUGGUCAGGUGGAAGUCACAAAUGAUGGUGCUACAAUAUUAAAAUCAGUGGGUGUGGACAAUCCUGCGGCUAAAAUCCUUGUUGAUAUGUCAAAAGUUCAAGAUGAUGAAGUUGGUGAUGGUACCACAUCAGUCACUGUUUUAGCUGCUGAACUAUUGCGUGAAGCUGAGAAACUUAUUGAGCAAAAGCUUCACCCACAAACAAUCAUAGCAGGAUGGAGGAUUGCUGUAGAUGCUGCCAAACAGGCACUAUCUGAUGCCAGCUUUGAUCAUGAGAAGAACCUUAAUGAGGCUGCACUCCGACUGGACCUUGAAAAUAUUGCUCGCACUACACUCAGUUCAAAGAUAUUGUCUAACCAUAAAGAGCACUUUACAAAAUUGGCUGUAGAUGCUGUAUUGCGACUUAAAGGCUCUGGAAAUUUGAAAGCUAUACAAAUUAUUAAGAUACCUGGUGGUCUUCUUGAAGAAUCUUUCCUGGAUGAGGGAUUCCUACUAAAUAAAAAAGUGGGUGUGCAUCAACCUAAACGCAUAGAAAAUGCCAAUAUACUUAUAGCUAAUACACCUAUGGACACAGAUAAAAUUAAAGUGUUUGGUUCUACCAUUAAAGUAGAUUCUAUGGCAAAAAUUGCCGAACUUGAAGUUGCCGAGAAAGAAAAGAUGAAGGAUAAAGUGAAUAAAAUUUUGGCACACAAGUGUAAUGUAUUUAUCAAUAGGCAAUUGAUUUAUAAUUAUCCUGAACAAUUAUUUGCUGAUGCUGGCGUGAUGGCAAUUGAACAUGCAGACUUUGAAGGUAUUGAGCGACUGGCACUUGUCAUUGGAGGUGAAAUUGUUUCCACAUUUGAUUCGCCGGAUAAAGUUAAACUGGGCCAUUGCAAGCUCAUUGAGCAGGUGUUGAUAGGCGAUGAGUGCCUGAUUCGAUUUUCUGGCGUGGAGUUGGGCUCCGCGUGCACAAUCGUCAUCCGUGGCGCCACGCAGCAAGUUAUCGACGAGGCGGAGCGCUCACUGCACGACGCCCUUUGUGUGCUUGCUGCCACCGUCAAGGAACCUAAAGUUGUUUACGGUGGAGGUGCAAGUGAAAUGUUGAUGGCGGAGGCGGCUUCUCGCGUGGCGGCUCGCACAGCUGGCAAGGAAGCAGCAGCAGCAGAGGCGUUCGCUACCGCCUUACGCCGUCUGCCUUCUGCCGUCGCUGAUAAUGCCGGAUACGAUAGCGCCGAGCUUAUUGCUAGGCUACGAGCCAGUCACGCACAGGGGGAGAACACCAUGGGACUCGACAUGGAGAACGGUCGAGUCGGUGACAUGAAGAAGCUCGGCGUGACAGAGUCAUACGUUGUUAAGAGGCAAGUGCUAGUGUCGGCCGCAGAGGCCGCCGAAAUGAUUCUACGUGUCGACAACAUACUAAAGGCCGCGCCUCGUCGUAGGGGCCCCGACCGUCGCCCUUGCUAAACAGCUUUACCUUAAAUCCAAUGUAUUUAAGAGGGCACUUAUAUUCUGUUUUUCUAUACUUAACGUACUAUAUUUAGUAAACAAUCAUGGCACUUUUGUUCAAUGGGCGUUUAAAAAAAUAGGUAACAAUAUAUAAUCAAAUAACGAAAAAAAAAACAGACACUACAAAUAAAAAGAAAUUUUUUGCAAAUCAUAAAAUAAGCCUCCCCCACUAAGGAGGUUAUCUGUUACCUAUGUGCCCUCUUAAUUAAUUUGAUGUUUCGUAAGAACUGUGUUAUUUAAUUAUAAAUAAUUCAAAUUAAUAACAUCAUAUGGUAACUCGUAUUUGUAUUACAUACAUUUCUUUUUGUCAAUUUUCGAAUAUAUGUUCAAAUGAAAUGUUUCUUUAAGUUAACAUUAGAAUAUUUUAUUUCUUUUAAUAUAAUAAUAAUGUCCCGAUAGUAAUGCUAGUGAAUUCACAGCUAUAAAAUGUCACACUAUGCUUUUAUUUACAAUUAGCUUUUAGUUGGCUUGGGCCCAGGGGCCAGAUGUCAUGAUGUACUAGUAAUAUCUACUUAUAAAUAAAGAUUAAUCAUA